CUUGCCUUUCUCUUCACGAUUCUGCUGCCGCUGGUUGGACAUCGUGCUCGUACCUAGAUCGGACGUUUAUCUGUAGUAAUUUACGUAAAAAACCCACAAAAAUGGCUUUCGGAGACGUCAAGACCCCCAAGGGACUGCAGGAACUGAACAACUUCCUGGCCGAUCACAGCUACGUCGAGGGGUACGUACCAUCGAAGGCCGAUCUGUCGGUGUUCGAUGCCCUGGGCAAGGCUCCAGCUGGAGACUCUGUCCAUGUUCAGCGCUGGUACCGUCACAUCGCCUCGUUCAGCAAACAGGAGCGUGCUGCUUGGGGAGGCCAGGCAUUGCCACAGGUAGCCGGAGGCAAGCCAACCGUUGCUGCCCCUGCCAAGGCAGCAGCUGCCGACGAUGACGAUGACGUUGAUCUGUUCGGAUCGGAGGAUGAGGAAGAGUCCGCCGAAGCCGCUAAGCUGAAGGAGGAACGUCUGGCCGCCUACAAUGCCAAGAAAUCGAAGAAACCCGCCCUUAUUGCCAAGAGUUCUAUCAUCCUGGACGUCAAGCCUUGGGACGAUGAAACCGACAUGAAGGAGAUGGAGAAGUCCGUCCGUAACAUCGAGAUGGACGGUCUCCUGUGGGGUGCCGCCAAGUUGGUCCCAGUUGGUUACGGUAUCCUCAAGCUGCAGAUCUGCUGCGUUAUCGAGGACGAGAAGGUUUCCGUCGAUGAGCUGCAGGAGAAGAUCCAGGACUUUGAGGACUUUGUCCAGUCGGUCGAUAUUGCUGCCUUCAACAAGAUCUAAGCGGGAUGUUGUAGUUUAUAAUCUUUGACUGUUCCAUUAAAGUUUCCUUCGAACAUAA